CCGCAUCAUUUUUCAUAAUAGAACGGAAGUGUUGGUUUUAUUAUUUAGUUGAUGUGGUUGAAUAGCAGGCGUUCCAUUGCAGAGUAUAUCUAUAGAAAACUUGUGGAGAGAGGAUCCGGAGUUGGGAUUUGGGGGUUGAGUGUGUUUAAUUUGGGUUGCGGCGGAGCUAAAUUGAGAUGGAAACGACACUACAACCACCAAAGAAGAUCAUCAUCGACACCGACCCUGGCAUCGAUGAUGCCAUGGCAAUAUUUGUGGCAUUGCGAUCACCAGAAGUGGAAGUGAUUGGACUCACAACCAUAUAUGGAAAUGUCUGUACAACACUCGCUACAAGAAAUGCUUUGCAUUUGUUGGAGGUUGCAGGGAGGACUGACAUCCCAGUGGCUGAAGGAUCUCAUGUCACAAUCACUAAAGGUACAAAACUCCGUAGGGCUGAUUUUGUACAUGGCGCUGAUGGACUUGGCAACCAAAACUUUCCCCCACCAGAAGGAAAGCCAAUUGAACAGUCAGCAGCUGCUUUCCUCGUCCAGAAAGCUAACCUUUACCCUGGAAAAGUCACCGUGGUGGCCCUUGGCCCUCUUACAAAUAUUGCAUUGGCUAUUCAAUUAGAUCCUGCAUUUGUGAAAAAUAUUGGGCAGAUUGUUGUUCUUGGCGGUGCUUUUGCAGUAAAUGGAAGUGUGAAUCCAGCAGCGGAGACCAAUAUUUUUGGCGACCCAGAUGCUGCAGAUAUUGUAUUCACAAGCGGUGCUGAUGUUUUGGCUGUUGGGAUUAAUGUUACACAUCAAGUUGUUUUGACAGAUACUGAUCGUGAUAAGCUGGCACAAUCUGGUGGAAAAUUUGCUCAUUACCUGUGCAAGAUCUUAGAUGUGUACUUUUCGUAUCAUCACGAUUCUUACUGCAUGAAAGGUGUUUAUCUUCAUGAUCCGACAGCCCUUCUUGCAGCUGUUAAUCCUUCAUUGAUCACUUAUACAGAAGGUAUUGUUAGAGUCCAGACAAUUGGCAUCACAAGGGGCCUCACAUUAUUUUACAACAAACAGAAAAGGUGGGGUUGUUUGGCACUCCAAAUCACUCCCAAUGGUUUAUUAUAGUAUGCAAGUUGAUGAAGCCAACAGAAAUAAGAUGGUAUUUAUGGAUGGCUUAACCAUAAGAUGGGACCUUUUUCAAUUCAACUGUCAAUUUGAAUUGCAACUUUUAUUGUAUUUAUUUGGGCUUAACCAUACUUCCAAAUAGGGGUAGGUGUCGUGUCGUGUUGGGUCAUGUUCGUGUCGUGUCAUUUCGGAUUUGUCAUAAUUAUUAUUUCAUGUUAUUGUGUUGUGUCAUUUUCGGUCCA